AUGUCUGGCAAGCGGUCACGCGCAACCUACGAAUCUGACCUUCAAGCACAGCAAUCACCCUUCGUGACAUACGGCACUCCUCUGCCACCAUUCGAUCCAGAAGUACGAGAUGAUGGAUCAUACGUGCCUGUGUGGAAGCAGGAAGUGAGAGAUGAAAGGGGGUUGAAACGUCUUCAUGGAGCUUUUACUGGAGGAUUUAGCGCUGGAUACUUCAAUACAGUAGGUUCAAAAGAAGGAUGGACGCCAUCGACUUUCGUCUCAUCUCGCACGAAUCGAAAGAAGGAUGCGGAAAAGGCUCCGCAACAGCGACCGGAGGAUUUUAUGGAUGAUGAGGAUAGAGCGGAUGCCGAAGAUGCGCAGCGAGUCCAAACAGCCGAAGGCUUCUCAGGCCUUGGAAGUACAGAGGAGGAUGCUGCAAGACGAGGAGCGUUAAUAGAUCUCUUCAGAGUGGAAGGAGAAACUAUUGGUGUCAAGUUGUUGAAGAAGAUGGGUUGGAAAGAGGGUCAAGGAAUCGGUCCAAAAGUUCGAAGGAGUGCUCGUCUUGGUGGCAACGAACAAGUUGGAGAUGAUCCAGAUGCCACUCAUCUCUUCGCACCAGAAAACACAAACAUGAUCAGUUUCACCAAGAAAAACGACCACAAGGGACUUGGCUAUGAAGGGGAAGCAAGGCUCUCGGGUAACGGCAACUCUAUAGCUGCCCAUAAGUCGGAGGACGAAGAGGAAGCAGGUGAUCGCACUGCACUUGUUGCUACGAAAAAACAAACGAAGAAGAAAGCCGCACGUGGUGGCAUCGGUAUAGGAAUCUUGAAUGAUACUGGCUCAGAUGAUGAAGAUCCUUAUGAGAUUGGGCCACGGAUAUCAUAUAAUAAAGUGAUAGGAGGAGACAAGAAAAAAAAGAAAUUUGUCAAUGGAUCAGCGAACCCUUCACUAAAAUCGAAACCAGUCUUUAUUUCCAAAAAGGCAGCUCUUGAAAAAGCAUCUAAGGGUUUUCGGAAAUGUCGCGACGGCCGCUUGCCUUUAGAUGGGUUCAUCUUGAGUAGCAUCGAUGAAUUCUCCGAAUUAACACUGUCUGAUGGGAAAUAUGCGCCCCUCGAAAUUCCAGAAGGGUGGAAAUCUUCAAAGCAAGCAAAGCCAGGCUCGGAAAGCACCAACUUUAUCUCCACGGCGGAUGCUGCAAAACUAUCUAGUCUUGAUCCAAAAGCUCGAGCUGCAAUUCUGGGAGAAGCUGCAUUACCCGGAAAAUCUGUUUUUGACUUUCUCAGUCCAGCUGCCAGAGAGAAGCUAGCCUCUGCGUCAGGCAAAAGCAAUCUUCCGCUAGCACUCGGUGAAAUACCUAAAGGUUACAAUAUGACGGAAGAAGAGCGACACAAAGAAUUGUUAGCACAGGUACCCAGAGUCGAUAGAGCUACUGCUGAAGCUGCUCUAAGCCGAGGUGCAAGUGGUUUUAUGCCUUACGGGGAGGAUGAGGCGAAGAGGAGUCGAUAUCGGAACUACCUUGAGAACCAAGCGGGCAUUCGGUCUUCUCCCUUGGAGCGUAGUGGCGGGUUUUCGAAAAAUGACUGGCUGAAAGAGCUCCAAGAAUUCGCUAAUUGCGCUCAAAUAUUCAAACCUAUGUCGGGUAUGAUGGCUACACGCUUUACUUCCUCCACCUCUGCACCCAAGGUAGCAUCGGAUGCUUCCGAAUUAUCGGCUGGGCCAGCUUUACUUAGUAAACCAGAGCCAAAACCAGAAGAUCCUGCGGAACAAGCUGCAAAGUUAGGCAUGUAUGGACCCAUGACCAGAAGCUCAAAAGACUGGUAUCCGACAAGAUUAUUAUGCAAGCGGUUCAAUGUUCAACCUCCAUCGCAUGUUCAACCCGGAUCCACCGAGCACGCUGAGGGAGACAUGCCGCGGAAUAUGGCUCCAGACCUUGUUUCCAAAACAGCAAUUGAUGAAAUGAUGAUGCAGGGUAUUCGCAACCAAAACUUCGCUUCCGCCAACAUACAGGCUCCUGAGCCUGUUAUCAAAAAGGAGGAAAUUGUCAUUGAUACAGAGAAAAACGAGGCACUCGAAGGACAGCGGGCAGGGGAAGCUGUUUUCAAAGCUAUUUUUGGUGACGAUAGCGACGACGACGAUUGA